CCUGCGCUGCUGUCCAACCGCUCUCAACUCUCAGCAAUCCUAUCUAGUUCUCUCUGCUUACACUUUCUCGCCCCGAGCAGUCCGCACCUCCUCCCAUCCCCAAGGUUCCUGCAACAUGUUCUUACGAACCGUCAUACGACCUUCCCUCUCCUUUCCUUCCGCCUUGAAGUCAAUAUCUACUCCUCUAGCACGGCCGGCUUUCAAGCGACCUGUUCUCGUUGCAUUCGGCCUCACGGCUUCCCUUCCGUUCAUACAUCCGUCAUCCGUCAUCAGGCUCGAUUCUUCGCCUUCUUCACCCCCUCCCGCAGGUGCCGCUGAAUUUAGCAGCUCCUCCUCCUCCUCCUCGAAUUCCCGCGAAGCCAAAACUCCUCUUACGAAGGAUGGGAAGACAAUCAAUCCUGCCGCGGUUAAGCAAAUAAGUUUGGGGUCAAUCCUAGGGCUGGCUGCGGGACUGGUUGUCUCCGCCUUUUCUACAAGCUUAACAUUUUUGAUCGGAUUGGGCAUUGUCAUCUGGCAGCUUGCCGCGCGACGGGGAUAUAAUUUCAUACCGGUUGAUCGCUUGCAACGAUACUUCAAGAACAUCGAUCUGCGCAGUGCGGUCAAUGACAACUUGGCAUUUAAGAUCAGCUUCGGACUCAUGUUUGCCCUUUCCGCCUUCGGUGAGUUUUAGGCGCGUCACCACUGACGAUUGACGGAUAAUGUCGUUGAGAUCGUAUCCGAAGGACAACAAGGGCCCGCAUUCUUGUCUAACUAGGAAUCUAUCUCGCCCCUAGACGGUCGACCCGACCAGAUCCUGGCCUUCUUAGACGAGAUGAUCUGAUUCAUGCAAGAAUUCGCGGAUUGUGUCUGGGUGGGAAGCAAGGCCGGCAGAUCAGACUUGUUCCAAUGAAAUGUCUCGACAUGCAGGCCAAUGUGGUGAGACCCAGCCGGUUUGAGAUGUGGUAGACCAAGUCAAGAGAAACCUUUGCGACAAAAAGUUUUGCGAGAGGAAAUCCACGAAUUUGAGUGGAUUCGAAACUUGGAAAUUGCAAAGCGUGGGAUUUUUGCCAGAUAAAUACAAAUGCAGACAGAGUCGGGGAGUGUCUGCGACUGUGCCUGAUCCAACCGUAUCAGACCAGUGUCUAUGACAUCUUCUUGUGGGUUGUUCUUGUCGUGUUCUGGAAUGCCUGCAACCAGCAGUCCUAAACUUCGG